AUGCGCGAUCCAUUUCCUAUUCCUGCGCCGCAGUGGCUGGCGUCAGCGGUGCAACCGUGGGCAGACAAGCUGUCGCUACCCACGCUGCCCAUGCACAUCCAUGAGAUCAUCCUGGCCUUGAUCUUCUACCAGACCAUCAACCUCGUCGUCGCGCCCGUUCUGUCCCGUCGCUUCUUCGCCCAGACCUACAGCUCCUUCAACCGCCGUACCCGCAUCAACUGGGAUGUCCACGUGGUAUCUAUGGUCCAGAGCUUGCUCGUCAACACGACUGCUCUGUGGAUCAUCUUCUACGAUGACGAGCGCAACAACAUGAACUGGGCCGGCAAGAUCUGGGGCUAUGACGGUGCCCUGGGCUUCCUGCAGAGUCUCGCAGGAGGCUACUUCAUCUGGGACCUGUUCACCUGCACCUACCACAUUGAUAUCUUCGGUGUCGGCAUGCUGGCACACGCCAUCUCUGCCUGCACCGUCUUCUCCCUUGGCUUCCGCCCCUUCCUCAACUACUACGGUCCCGUCUUCAUCCUCUACGAGCUCUCGUCUCCCGCCCUCAACAUGCACUGGUUCAUGGACAAGCUGAACAUGACUGGCAGCAUCUACCAGCUCAUCAACGGCGUUGUCCUCAUCUCGACCUUCUUCUUUUGCCGUCUUGUCUGGGGUUCCAUCAACUCUGUCCUCGUCUUCAGAGACAUCUGGAUCGCCAUGCAGAACGGCGGCGUCGUUGGCCUCGACGAGAACCUUGGCCUCAAGUAUGGUCUUCAUCAGUCCAUGCCGGCCGUCACCCCCCAGAACCAACCCUCGUUCGGCUCGGAAGACAUCAUGCGCUUCGCGGGCUCUCGCUCGCUUCCCGCCUGGCUCGCUCUGAGCUACCUUGCCUCCAACAUUGUCCUCAAUGUGCUCAACUGGUAUUGGUUCGCGAAGAUGAUCGAUGCUCUUCGCAAGCGUUUCGAUCCUCCCUUUGGUACAAAGCGCCCUGAGAAGAAAGAGAAGGUUAUCGAGGAGAAGACACAAGAGCCCGAGAUUGAGAUUCAGCGUGGCUUGUAUGCCGACGGCAGAAAGACGUUCGAGGUUACCGGUACGAGUACUCCUCCUUCGGUCAGAUCCAGACGUAGAGGUUAG